AUGUUCUUAUCGGGAUCCGAGGAAUCCAAGCAAGAAGUCGUUUACCUGCAAAACAUUUCAAGCAAUGUUUUAUCACAGCUGAUUGAUUAUUGCUACAUGACGGAGGUAUUCAUCACCGAAGGCAACGUACAGCCGUUGCUGAUUGCCGCGUUGUUCCUGGACAUUGUCCCUGUCGUGGCAGCCUGCUGGCAGUUUCUGGAAGAUCAUAUGGACGUUAAUAAUUGCCUGCAGCUGUAUUCGUUUGCAAAUUCCGAAGCUCAUAACAAUCCUGCAUUAGCAAUCAAGGCCAAGGCUCUGGUCCUCAAGCAUUUUGUUGGCAUUACUCAAGGAGCAAAAUUCCUGGAAAUACCGAAAGAGAUGGUUAUCGAAUUGAUUCGAUCCGACGAUCUGCAUGUCCAACGCGAAGAUGAUGUAUUUUCGGCCGUUGUCCGCUGGCAUCACCAUGAUUUCCCGCAACGUCGUUGUCAGUUUUGGGAGAUAUUGCAGUUUAUCCGUCCAUUACAUCUCAGCGCACAGGGUAGUGAUGAUUACCUGUUGGCCUGUUUUAAUUCGAUUAAAGAUUAUUCGGCUGGGGGUGAAGCAGUGCGUCCGUCAGACCACCUCAAGGCCUUGCCGGGUUACGACAGCCAGGCAUCCUCAUUACGACGCAUCCCAAGAAAAUCCUACGCUAUUGAGAGCCUCGUUAUCUGUGCGGGUGGUCAUCGCAGCCACUUCCGGACGUCUCUAUCAGACAGCGUGGAGUGCUUCAAUCCGCGCACUUCCAAGUGGAAAAACCUGGUUCAUUUACCGUACGCUAUAGCUAGAAGUGGUCUUAUCGCCAUUAAUGAGGACUUGUUCGUGUGCGGCGGAAUUUUCGGCCAGAGUAGCAAGGAUGUGACGCCGCGGGCCAUCCGUUAUUCCAGCUCUCUAGCUCGCUGGGAUGAUGUCGCACCAAUGAACACCGGGAGAGGCGAUCUUGGGAUUGCAGCGAUAGACGGGUAUAUUUACGCCGUUGGUGGUCAUGAUAGCGAGAAACAGGUAUUAGCCAGUGUUGAGCGUUAUGAUGGGGCCGCUGAUCAAUGGGCAUACAAGGCGUCCUUACCAACGCCUUUGGAGAAGUUAGCGAUCGUUGGUUUCGAAGGAAAAGUAUUCGUGUUUGGCGGAUGUACGUCGAACCGGCAUACGAUCGGCAACACCGGGUUUUGUAAUUAUGUUGCCACGGAUUCGGCGUUCUGCUACGAUCCGAAAUCGAAUCUAUGGAGUGAACUGCCCCGGAUGCCGACGGCACGGUACCGCGCUUCGGCGUGUGCCGGAUCCGACGGGUUGAUUUACGUCAUCGGUGGAGUGAGGAAGAGCUAUUUAAGCUGCGUCGAGGCUUAUAAUCCCAGGACCAAGCAGUGGACCAAUAAAAAAUACUGA